UAUAAGAGCUUCGGAGGGGCCCCUUUACGCUUCCAUUCAUAAGCUGCGCGCGUGCCUUCCUGCUCCUGUUUGAUCUCCAGCCUGUUCCCCGGCGCGGCACCUGCGGCUUCGUCUGCGCUCCCCGCCGCUUUGGCUCAACUUCUCCCCUUCUGCUGCUGCUCUUGGACGCCGCUCGCCGGGGACUUGGCUCUCUGCAGAGUCUCAGGAGCUUGCCUUCCUCCUCUCCUUGGAGUCCCGGCUACAUGGCUCUCCGCCUCCUCUUCUCCGGCUUCCUGGCGCUGCUGUGCGCCCCGCGGGCUGAGCUGGCUGGCGUCUUUGAACUUCAAGUCCACUCCUUCACCACCACCAGCCUGCGGAGCUUCUGCCACGGCGGCCAGCCCUGCCGCCUCUUCUUCCGCGUCUGCCUGAAGCACGCCCAGGCCGUGGUUUCCCCGGAGCCCCCCUGCACCUUUGGGGCAGCCUUGAGCGACAUCGUCCCUGCUGACCACAACGCCGUGGCCACCAGCGGGCCCAUCCGGGUCCCUUUCCACUUCAAGUGGCCGGGCACCUUUUCCCUCAUUAUUGAAUCUUGGAAGGCAGAAUCAGGAGAGCCAUCGACAGAGGAUGCCCAGAGGUUGAUCAGUCGCUUGGCUACGCGCCGCCGCUUGGCUGUGGGUGAGGAUUGGUCGCAAGAUGUGCAGCUGGGAGACCAAAGUGAGCUGCGCUACUCCUACCACGUCACCUGCGAUGAGCACUACUAUGGGGAAAGCUGCUCGGACUACUGCCGGCCGCGGGACGAUACCUUUGGGCACUACACCUGCAAUGAGCUGGGCAGCCGAAUCUGCCUGGCAGGGUGGCGGGGCGAAUACUGCUCUGAGCCAAUUUGUCUGCCCGGCUGCAGCAACAGCCACGGGUACUGCGAGAAACCCGGAGAGUGCAAGUGUCGUAUCGGCUGGCAAGGGCACUUCUGCGACGAGUGCGUCCGCUACCCAGGCUGCCUCCAUGGCACCUGCGUGCAGCCCUGGCAGUGCACCUGCCAAGAAGGUUGGGGCGGGCUCUUCUGCAACCAAGACCUCAACUACUGCACCAACCACCGCCCGUGCAAGAAUGGCGCCACCUGCACCAACACAGGGCCGGGGAGCUACACCUGCAGCUGCCGGGCUGGUUUUGCGGGGACGAAAUGCGAGAUCGAGACCAACGAAUGCGACAGCAACCCUUGCAAGAAUGGAGGCAGCUGCAAUGACUUGGAGAAUGACUACAAAUGCACCUGCCCUCAAGGUUUCUACGGCAAGAACUGCGAAGUCAGUGCUAUGACCUGCGCCGAUGGGCCUUGUUUCAAUGGCGGGACCUGUGUGGAGAAACGGAUUGGCGGCUACACUUGCCACUGCCCAAUGAAUUACCACGGUUCCAACUGUGAGAAGAAGAUAGACCGCUGCAGUAAUAACCCGUGUUUGAACAGUGGACACUGUCUGGAUCUGGGCCGCAGUGUGAUCUGCAAAUGCCGUCAGGGUUUUGCUGGCCCUCACUGCGAAUUGAACAUUGAUGAUUGCGCCGGAAACCCUUGUGCUAACGGCGGCACGUGCAUCGACGGCCCAAACAGCUACACCUGCUCCUGCACCCUGGGCUAUGGCGGAAAGGACUGCGGUACCCGCAUGGACGCCUGUGGCUCCAACCCUUGCCAGAAUAGUGGGACCUGCUACACCCACUUCUCGGGCCACGUCUGUGAGUGUUCCUCCGGCUACAUGGGCUCCAGUUGUGAGUUCAGAGUCCAGGUUCCCACCCCCGUGAGCAGCCAGCGGGUGGCUGAAGGCCCUUUCCCCGUUGCCCUGGCCGUUUCGUUUGCUCUGGGGCUCAUGACGUUGGUGCUCGCGGCAUGUGCCGCCGUGGCUGUGCUUCGGCACAUGAGGCAGGGCCGCAAAGCUCUGAAAAGCAGUGUCCGCAAUGACCUGGCGACCAUCAACAACCUCAAGGAGAGAGAUGGCUUCCUCAUCUCCCCCGGGCGCUUUAAGGUCUCGAACAAAGACAGCCGAUUCGGUGGAGACCAGUUCAACUGCAAAAGGAAGUUGCUGGAUCAGAGCCGUGAGUCUGUCUGCAAGAAGAAGCUGGAAAAUAAAAAAACUGAGCCCACCCGGUCCAUUGCUCCUGCUGGAUACCCCAAAGAAGGCACCUACCACCCCAUCUAUAUCAUCCCAGACCAGAUGGAGCAGUGCAUUUAUGCAACCGAGGUCUGAAGAAAACCCUUCUCCCAAGCCUUGGACUCCACCGCCUGAAUUUUAUUUUAAUUCCCCUCCAAAUUCUCAGCUAAAGGAAUGUUUACAGAGCAGACUGAACGGACUCCCGGAGCAGCCAAUGUCUUACCAUUAUUAAUUUUUGAUCUAUAUAGUAUUAUUAUAAAAAAAGACUCCUUUCUUAAAGGAAAAUAUUUAAUAUUUAUUCUUGCUGCUAUAUUUUUUUAUUUUUGCAUCAAGAGCAACAGACUGACUCAGAAUCCUAGGAAGCGAUCGCUGGAUUGGGAAGUCUUUGAAAGUCAGAGCUGGGUUUUGGAGAGGUUUGUUUGGGUUUUCUCUUGAAAGCGGGGGAAAGAAGGACGGAGGCUGAUUUGGGGGGGGGGAGGCUGCCCUAGGAUUGUCUAAUCUGGAGAAAAGGCAGGUCCUUUUCCCACACAAGUGCCAGGAAGGAAGCAAGGAUUUUUUUUCAUGUUCCUAUUUUUUAAUAUGUUUUUAAACUGUUGCCCUUUUUAAACUGGUUUCCCUUCCGUUUUGUGGGCUCUUCGCCUCAGCCCACGGUGACUCUCCUCUCAGUCUGAAGGACAAAACUGCCCUUUCAUUCAACCACCGGAGAGGUGCAGAAAAAAAAACGACCCCCCCCCAAACAGGAAGCUGUGAUUGAUUGGAUUUGAGUGAUGCCACACCUUUCAACUACAAAAGAAUCCACAAGGCACCUUUCAUUGAAAAAGGAAAAAGGGAAAAAAAUUAAGAAAGCACAAUGUGCAUCUGUUGGCUUGAUGUAGUUGUAAAAAAAAACCAAGGAGAAGAUAUGCUAAGGGGGACCCAGGUGAGAUACUCACCUGUAAAAGUACCUGGCAGGACAGGUUCCAGGUGUCCCUCUUAUUUUGCCAGUAGUAGUUCCUGAAGAAGCAUUUUUCAACUGGAGGAAAUGCUAUGGUCUUGCCACUCUUAUCACCAUACAGGGACAGCAUUUAUACAAGGCAAGUAGCAUGUGGGAGACUAACAGAUUUCUCCCUUUGUAGUGGAAGUUCCCUGGUGGGUUGGUUUUAAUCAGAGACUGGGAACCUCUGGUCCCCAGGCUGGGUGUGGCCCCUGGAGGCUUCCCAGGGCCACACUUACCUGGCCCCACCCUCUCUCCCUCCCGUUCCAUGGUGGCCGUAGGAGGGAGGGGGGGAAAGCAGCAAACAGCAGGUCCCAGGGGCCUAAUCUGGAUCAGGACCCAGGUGGCCGUUUAACCCUUCAGUGUGGUCCUGAGCUGAAUUGUGGCCGCCCUGCUGCCCAUCCACAGAUCCUCAAAAGCUCAUUUAGGUCUCUAGCCCCACCUACUGCUGGAAUAUGGCCUGCAAAGAUUCCCUAUCACUCUUCUGAAUGAUUCGGGAGGAGAACUCAACCAGACUCAUAGGGGACACCAUUGUCCUUCAUUGGGCAGAUUCUGUUUAAGAGGACUUUGUGUCCUUGGGGUGCGUUGCUUUCGAAGGCUCCCCACCACCACUCCCUCCACAGGAACAACCCCUCUUGGCCACCACAGAGGCCUCCUGGUCAUGGAGAUGCGCCUGGACCAAAAGCAACGUGGAAUAUAAAAGCGCACUCUGGCAAGAGAGAAGUCAUCAUUUUUGGCUAUCAAGUCCAAACGGAAUCCAUUGUGCUUUACCUGACCAAUUGGAUGAACGUCGCGAUUGCUUAUUUUGCUUUCUGAAUCUUUUUUAACACAUUUUGAGAGAUGAACUUCUUGUUCUGUUACCCCACAAAUGGCAAAUUUGAAGCUUCGUAUAAAGAAAAGUUGAACAUUUCCCCCCCCCCAAUAAUGGUGAGUAUUUUUUAUACAAAAAGGAUGAAGUGAGUGGAAUCAUGCUUUGGUAGCAACUUGGUCAGUUUACUACAGCUGCGGCAACCUUUUCAUUCCAUUAAAAAAAAGAUUAAGACUGCAAUCCUAGACUUGCUUACCUGGGAGUAAAACCCAUUGAAAUCAAUGGCUUUUACUUCUGAGUAGUCGUGUAGGAUUGCAGUUACAUUUUCAGCCUCUGAUCCUAAUGUCACAGAUUUUAACAGAAAUAUUUUGGGAUGCAUAGCAGUUCUUGUUCCUUUUUAAACUGUUCCCCUCCCCCCGCCCCAUGUUUUCUUUUUUAAUUUAAAAACACAAUAAAUACUGUGUACAAAAGAAGUCUGCUGGAGAUGCUUUAUAAACAUAUUUAAGUUGUAUAUACUGUAUAUUUAUAAGUGCCAUGUUUAUAUAUCCUCCCCCACCCUCUGUGACUUUUUUUAUGUAUGGUCCUUUCUCUCAAAAGAAAGUUAUAUAAAAUAUCUAUUUUGCUCAGUGAAACCGAA